UUCAAGAGAGUUUUUAUAGUUAAAUUUAUCAUAACAUUCUCAACGUUUGACUCGAAAAGUCGUAAAACCAAGUAAAACAAACAUAAAUAAUUAAAAUGGCAAUUUAUCGUCGCGUAUUUGAUGAUUCUGUAUUGAAAAACUAUCGUGUUGUCGAUCUACGAAGUGACACUUUGUCGACUCCAACAGAUGAAAUGAGAAAAGCAAUGUUUGAAUGCGAAAUUGGUGACGAUGUUUAUGGUGAAGAUCCAACCGUCAAUAAAUUAGAGAUCAAGGUUGCUGAACUUUUAAAUAAAGAGGCAGCUCUAUUUGUACCAUCUGGAACUAUGGGAAAUUUGCUAGCUAUCUUGGUUCAUUGCAAUAAGCGUGGUUCUGAAGUGAUGGUCGGAAGUGGAAGUCAUGUAUUUUGUUACGAACAAGGUUCCGCUUCUUCAUUAGCUGGAGUGUUUGUUCAUAAACUUUUGAACUCAGAAGAUGGAACAUUUUCGAUUGAUGAAUUGAGAAAUCAUAUUCGAGGAGCUGACAUUCAUGAGCCGAUUACACAGUUGGUUGUUGUAGAGAAUACUCAUAAUAUGGCAGGUGGAAAAGUUUUACCGCUAAGCUGGAUUGAAGAGCUUUCAUCUGUUUGUAAAGAAAAGAAUUUAUCGCUUCAUAUGGAUGGAGCAAGAGUUUUUAGUGCAGCCGAGUAUUUGAACGUGCCAGUCUCUCGAGUUGUUCGUGAUGUUGAUUCGGUUUCGUUUUGUUUAAGUAAAAAUCUAUGUUGUCCUGUCGGCUCAUUGCUCGUGGGAACAAAGAAUUUUGUUGAUCAAGCGCGCCGCCUACGAAAAGCACUUGGUGGUGGAAUGAGACAAGUGGGAUUUUUGGCAGCUGCAGGUUUAUGUGCACUUGAAACAAUUGUUCCAAAAUUAAAAUUCGAUCACGAACAUGCACGUCAGCUAGCAGAAGCUAUUGAUGCUACAAAGAGUUUAGUAUUCAAGGUAGAUGUCACGAAUCUACACACAAACAUACUCAUGGUUAAAGUUGUUGAAAAUGAUAAGAAAAUUACAGCAUUAGAUUUGAGCAAUAGAUUGGCAGAAGUAAAGGAGAAUGAGAUUGAAAAUGGGAUAUGUGAUGAUGAUCAAAAACCAAUAACCAUUAAAUCAAGUUGCAAAAAUUUACAAAUUUUGCGAGUCGUGUUCUAUCAUCAAAUCACUGAUGAACUGACAAAGCUUGCAAUCAAAAAAUUUGUGCAUGUCAUCAGGGAUCUAGAGAAUACGGAAUAGAAAAUUUUUAACCAUUCAUUUUAAUUUGUGAAUUGUACAUUGAAACAAGUCUUUUUAAAUUUUGCAGAAUAAAACAUUUGCUUCAUUUUAAAAGUUUUUUAAAA